UGAAAUAAAUAGCACAGUAUUAUAAUUAGUUGGGUGUGACAUAUCAAACACCAAAUCAAUGUUUUAUUUCAUUUAAAGAAAUAUGUCUUUUUUAAGUUUAAUAGGAUUUAUUUUGGUAGUCAAAUUUUUGAUAUACUUCUUAUUGUUUUUUACCAGUGACACUGACUUAGAGUUAUGGUGGUAUGAUAAGUUCAGUCAAAAACUCGAUACCUUGAAAGAUAAAGUAGUUUGGAUUACCGGAGCUUCAAGUGGAAUUGGAGAACAUAUAGCACUUAAAUUAUCUCAAUCUGGAGCAAAACUUGUUUUGUCUGCUAGAAAUAAAGAAAAAUUACUUCAAGUGAAACAACAUUGCUUAGAAAUCAGUGAUGGAAAAUUGAAUGCCAAUGAUAUACUUGUGCUACCAAUGGAUGUUACCAACAUUCCUAAACAUGUAUCGUGGUUUGAUAGCGUCAUAAAUCAUUUUGGAAAACUUGAUAUUCUCAUAAACAAUGCUGGACGCUCACAACGAGCAGUAUGGGAAGAUAUUGAACUUGGAGUUGACCGAGAAGCGUUUGAUCUCAAUGUAUUUUCUGUUAUAAAUUUAUCAAGAAUUGCAGUGAGAUAUUUCAAUCAAGUUGGUCAUGGACAAAUAGUAGUAACGUCUAGUACUGCUGGAAUUUGUUCACCUCCAUUUUCUGCUACUUAUAAUGCUACUAAACAUGCAUUACAUGGCUAUUUAGGGGCUUUACAACGUGAAAAAGUUCAUACAAAUAUCAGUGUAACGCUUUUAUGUCCAGGACCUGUUUUUUCAAAUUUUCUUAAAGAAAGUUUUACUGCUCGUCCUGGUGAAAAGUAUGGUCAGUCUCAUUCACCAACAGAUAAUAGGAUGAGUGCUGAAAGAUGUGCUCAUUUAUCUUGUGUAGCAAUUGCAAAUAAAUUAAAAGAAUCCUGGAUGGCAAAAUUUCCAAUUAUUCCUUUAGUUUACUUUAAUGUGUAUUAUCCAGUAAUUUCAAACAAGUUAUAUGAUCUUUAUGGGUACAAAAUUAUUCAGAAAUUACGAGACAAUCAGCCUAUCACGACGUAAUAGACCUACAACAGAUAAAUAAGAAAACUUUUUACAUUUGUAUUAACUUUUUUUUUUUAAUGCAAUUAAUUACAUGUUAUAUUUAUUUUAUACUAUACAAAAAUAACUAAAAUUAAGUAUUUUUGGAAUUCAGUACUUCUUUUCUGAUUGCUUUAGCCUUUAGUAUUACAUUUUUAAAUAAAUUACAAUACAAUUGUA